GUAUUUCCGGAAAGUUUUUAAAAAGUAGAAAAGUACACAUAUCAUCGUAUAACAUGUUCCAGAAAGUCAUUUGGAACUUCAUUUUAUGACAGGAAAUUCGGAUAGAUGUAUGGAUGUGUACAGAGUUUGAAAUUGCAAUCAAAUAGACUAUAAGCUAAAGAAUUUUGAAAUUCAAGAUGAAAGGCACCUGUACCUCAACUGCGAGUGCGGCGACAACGGAUACCAACACAGAUUCUCAAAAGGCUAUAUUACAAAUGAAGAUGAAGAUUAAAAGACAGAAUAAAGUAGUUCAAAAAUUAGACUGGCAAUGGAUGAUUCUCUUCCUGAUAGUUGUGACACUCAGUUUCAGUACGAGAUAUUAUAAGAUUUCUGAACCAGAACAUGUUUGUUGGGAUGAGACUCACUUUGGGAAGAUGGGUAGCUGGUACAUCAAUAAUACAUUUUUCUUUGAUGUGCAUCCACCUUUAGGCAAAAUGCUGAUUGGUUUAUCAGGGGUUCUCUCCGGGUAUGAUGGAAGCUUUCCCUUCAAUAAACCAUCUGAUCCAUACACAUCAAAUGCACAGUAUCUCGGAAUGAGGCUGUGCUGUGCUACAUUGGGGGCUUUCCUCCCCAUCUUCUGUUUUGGUACAGUUUGGAAACUCACUGAAUCUCUGAAUGCCAGUUUCUUAGCAGCCAUGCUUGUCAUAUUUGAUACUGGAACUUUGACAUUGUCACAGUAUAUACUCUUAGACCCGUAUCUUAUGUUCUUUAUAAUGGCCUCUACUUUCUCCAUAGUGGCCUUCAGGUCUGUUUGCCAUAGUCCAUUUACAAUAGUGUGGUGGCUCUGGCUGAUUUCAACAGGGACCUUCUUGGCAUGUGCAAUAAGUGUGAAAUUCGUUGGAUUAUUUGUUGUGUUACUGGUGGGUCUCUUUACAAUAUCUGAUCUAUGGACACUACUCGCUGACCUCUCCAUUUCCAUGAGGUGUCUUUUGAAACACUUCCUCAGCAGGGCUCUGGCAUUGAUUGUGCUUCCUUUGUGUCUUUAUCUUGUCUUCUUUGCAAUCCAUUUCAAGGUGCUGUACAAAAGUGGGAGUGGAGAUGGCAGCUUUAGUUCAGCAUUCCAGUCUCAACUAGAAGGAAACAAAUUAUACAAUGCAUAUAUGCCUGAGAGUGUUGCAUAUGGAUCUCAAGUGACCUUAAAGAAUGCAAGGAUUGCAGGAGCGUACCUUCAUUCACACUCUCAUCUCUACCCAGAAGGCAUGGUAAAACAGCAACAGGUGACAACUUAUGGGCACAAAGAUGACAACAAUCUCUGGUUGCUAAAGCGAUUUGACAUUAAUCCAACUGACAAUGAUACUUUAGAAUAUGUUAAGCAUGGAGACUUUGUCAGAUUGGAACAUGUUACAACAGGGCGAAAUCUCCAUAGCCACCGAGAGCCUGCACCAAUAACUAGAAGACACCAACAAGUCUCAUGUUAUGGAUUUAAUGGGACAGGGGAUGCUAAUGAUAUAUGGAAGAUACAACUGAUAGAUGGGAGGCCAGGAGAUGAGAUCCGACCCGUGAAGUCUCAACUUCGAUUAGUCCAUGUCCAGACAGGCUGCUACUUGUAUUCUCAUAGUAAACAGCUACCAAAAUGGGGCUGGGAGCAGCUUGAGGUUGCAUGUGAACCCAAACCUAGAGACAAUAACAAUCUUUGGAACAUAGAAGAAGUGCAAGACCAAAGACUUCCAUUAAAAAGUAUUCAGGUGUAUGCUCCAGGGUUCUUUGAGAAGGUAUAUGAAUCUCACGCUGUUAUGCUACAGGGCAAUGCUGGUCUUAAACCUAAGGAAGGCGAGUUCACGUCCAAACCUUGGCAAUGGCCAACUGACUAUAAGGGACAACCUUUCUCUGGGGGUGAUUACCGUAUCUAUCUCCUUGGUAACCCAAUUAUAUUUUGGGGAAACUUGGUUGUCUUGGCAACAUUCCUUAUCAUCUAUUUGAUAUAUUCCUUUGCUCUUAAUAGAGGGUGUAAGAUCUCGAAAGAUAUAGAAGGUGAUAUUAGAACAUUCAACGGUUGUUGGUGGUUCUUACUUGCCUGGGCACUCCAUUAUCUGCCAUUCUGGACAAUGGGUCGUGUGUUAUACUUCCAUCAUUAUUUCCCAGCAUUCCUUUAUAACUGCAUGCUCUCGGGUGUGAUGUUAGAUUACAUAAUAACAAGAUUAUACCAACAUUUACCAGCAUCUAUGUCAACAUCUGUCUUCCAUGUACUCUGGGGUACUUUACUAUCUGGAAUAGUCUAUAGUUUUUACCUGUUUCAUCCCCUGGCUUAUGGCAUGCAUGGACCCCAGGCCACAAACACAACAAGCUCAUAUCAUAGGCAACAUUGGCUGAACUCAUGGGACUUCUAGACUUAUCCAGAGGCCUAUGGCAUUCCUCGACUAUAAUUUGGUCGCUCUAUAAGCUCAAAAGCAUAAUGACAAUAUAUUUAAAAAUAAAAAGUUAGAAAAGGAUCUGAUGAUGUCAGUGUGAGAGAUAUACUGUCACAAUUACACUGGUGAUAUUAAGCAGAAAAAUAACACUCAAAGUGUAUUUGUAUAUUUAUUCAACCACCAAUUUGGUGACUCAAAGUGUAUGUAUAAAAUAUGACUUUAUUCAAUGAUGUGUUUCAUGCAAAUGCUGUAUGUUUUGUGAAUUGUAUUUUUUAGCUUGUAAGACAAGUUAUUCAAUAAAUAUAUAUUAGUGUAUGGUAUAUUAUAUAAAUAAGAAAGAAUGAAAUAGAGAAACCAGCUGUUAAUUAAAGAGUUCAAUCUCUAUCUCUGAUCCUAAAAUAUUACAAAAAUUAAAGUGUCUUUCCAAGACUCAGAGGUAAAAAUUAUUUAGAUAUUGGCCUAUUUAUUAUUUAACAUACAGAGUUUACAAUCGAGAAACAUAUAAAAUGCAAUAUAAAAUCAAGAAUCAUAUGAUCCAAAUUAAAAUUGAAGCUUAUAUGAAGCUUAAUCAAUUGUGAUAAUUAAGACAUAUCAUUUGUAUUUGAAAGACAUAUCAUUUGUAUUUGAAAGACAUAUCAUUUGUAUUUGAGAACUGAAUGAUUGAGUGACUGAAUACAUAAUGUAUGUAUAAUGUACAAUGAUUUUAUUCAUAUAAAUAUACACACUUUAUUGUAUUCACUGUCAUUUAUUUACAUUAUUGAAUGAUAUUUAGGUAAUGGUGCUUUUAAAUUAUAAAUUAUGAUAAAAAUGGGACCAAAAUUUAUCAAAAUUGAAUCAUAGUGUAUUGUGUAUAAUACAGAAGCAUAUUUAUAGUGUGGGUAAAAUAUGUUAUGUUCAUAACAGUAAAACCUCUCUAAUCCAAACACCUCUGGGACCAGCCAAAAAUUAGCAGAUGUUCUCAUUUCAAGAUCUCUUAAUAUGUGAGUCAAUGGGAGAGGCGUCUGAGUAUACAGAUUUUACUGUAUGUACAGGGUGGGCCAAAAAAACAAUACACAAGUUUAAAGAUAUUAUAUGAUAUUUGUUCUAUAUAUAUUUGUUUCUAUAUCAUUUUAAAGAUAAAUCAUUUCCUAACAAUAUGACACCAUCCCAUUGAAAACCCUUUCUUGUGGAGUUAGAGGGCAUGGGCAACCAAAAUUCAAAAAAUGAAAAUUACCCUCCAUAUUGCAGUCACAGCUGCGCUCAAUAUGCUUGACUGAAUCUUUAUAAAUUUAUUUAAGAGUACACAAUUGAUAGUUUAAUUAAAAAUAUAUAAGUACAAAUAUUAUAGGUGAAUUUUACGCUAAACUUGUAUAAAUGUACCUCUUUAGAAGGUUAUACAUCAUUAAAAUGAUAUAUAAUACAUGGAAUGGUUUAACAUAUAUCGUAUGAUAUUCACCUUUAAACUGAGGGUAUUGUUUUGUUUUUUGGCCAACACUGUAAUGUAAUAUUUAAGGUUGGACCUGUCUGGCUGUCUACAUGAUGAUACACAAGGUCCUAUUUUAAAGGUAAAUCAUGACACAGCAAGUUUUACUCACAUAAAUGAAAUUGAACUGAGAGAAAUACUUUUUUAAUUCACAUUUCACAUUUGAAUUUUAGUGCAGACUAUAAUCUGAUACUUGUUUAUAUUUUUACAUAAUAUGUACUUUUUGGCAUUUUGCUAUAAACAUUUUACAAUAUU